GACUUCUUAUUUAUUUUGGAGCUCUUUCAGAUAUUCUUUUAAGUGUGUGCAACGAAUUGUCUAUGUUGAACGGAAAUGAGUUGCAAUUGCUAAAUGAUAUCAUUCCAAUGCUUCGUCCGCUCGAGGAAGCAACAAAUAUAAUAAGCGGAGAUUCCUAUUGCACAGCUAGCAUAGUAAUUCCAAUGGUAAACAUUUUGAAAGAAAAAUUGGCUAAUGUUACACCGAACAUGCCAGAUGCAAACGACAUAAAGGACUUCCUGCCACAGGAAAUCGAUAGGCGUAUGGGCGCAAUCGAGGAGGUCUCAUUUCUUGCAAUGGCAACUUUCCUUGAUCCCCGUUUCAAGAAAUUGCAUUUCAAAGACGCGCAGGCAUGAGAAACUUCAAUCAAAAAAAUAAAAUCAAUCGUCAAACCGAUGGCCACCGAGAACGUCAAGGAAAACCUGAAAAAUUCAACAAAUAACAAUUCGAGUUCUUUUUGGGACCAUCACCACCAUUUGGCAGAGUCGCACAGUCCCAAUGGCGAUGUAGAUAUUGAAGUAAUGUCGUAUCUGCAAAUGCCAUUAGCGCCUUUUCACAGCAACCCUUUACAAAUAUGGGAUGGUAUGAAAAAUUCUUAUCCUAAUUUACAUAGAGUAGCUUUACAAUUUUUACCGGUAGUGGGAUCAUCUGUUCCCUCUGACAGAGUGUUUUCAGCUGCUUCUAAUGUUUUGAAUCGAAAAAGAAAUAGGAUAUGCCCAGAUCAGCUAAGUUGAAUUUUAUUUUUGAAAAGCGUAAACAAAAAAUAUUAUUUCUGUAAUUCGAAAGACUAAGAUUACUAUGAAACUCUAAGAAUGAAAAGACUGCUAGAAAGCAUUAUUAUUUUUAAG